AUGCUGGGCAUAGGCAUCGACAUCCUCUCGAUCACCCGCUUCGAGGGUCUCCUAGCUCGUCGGGGAGCUCAGGCUCUCGCUCGUCGGAUAUGCUCAAAGAGGGAGUAUGACGAGUUCCGGUCCGUCCCCGCGGACCAGCACGUCAAGUACCUCAGCUCGAGGUGGUGCCUAAAAGAAGCGGCCUACAAAUCCCUCUCCUCUCACAGUCAUCCCCGCUGGACAGGCUUCGACAUCCAUACUUCCUCCUACUCCGCGCCCACUAUACGCUUUACGGACCGCCUUUUGCUCCGCUCGGGCGCGACGCUGAGAAGGGAGGAGGUGGAGAUGAUGGCGAGUCUGUCGAAUGACGCGGGGGUGGUUGUGGGGGUUGUCAUCGCCAUGAGGAAGGGGUGA